AUGUCAACUCCCGGUGCUGCGAUCUCCAAGAGACGCAAGUUCGUGGCCGAUGGUGUCUUCUUCGCUGAGUUGAACGAGUUCUUCCAGCGCGAGUUGGCUGAGGAGGGAUACUCUGGUGUUGAGGUCCGCGUUACACCCACAGUCACCGACAUCAUCAUCCGCGCAACCCAUACCCAAGAAGUUCUCGGAGAGCAAGGACGAAGAAUCCGCGAACUCACCUCCCUCAUCCAGAAGCGAUUCAAGUUCCCAGAGAACUCCGUCUCUCUCUACGCCGCCAAGGUCCAGAACCGUGGUCUCUCCGCUGUCGCCCAAUGCGAGUCCCUUAGAUACAAGCUCCUCAACGGUCUUGCCGUCCGCAGAGCAUGCUAUGGUGUCCUCCGUUUCAUCAUGGAGAGUGGUGCUAAGGGUUGCGAGGUUGUCGUUUCUGGAAAGCUGCGUGCCGCUCGUGCGAAGAGCAUGAAGUUCACCGACGGCUUCAUGAUCCACUCCGGUCAGCCAGCAAAGGACUUCAUCGAUUCGGCCACUCGUCACGUCCUCCUCAGACAAGGUGUUCUCGGUAUCAAGGUCAAGAUCAUGCGAGGAUCCGACCCAGAAGGAAAGUCAGGACCACAGAAGUCGUUGCCAGAUUCCGUUACUAUCAUCGAGCCAAAGGAGGAGCAAAGCGUUGUCCAACCAAUGUCCCAGGAUUACGGUGCGAAGGCUGCUGCUGCACAAGCCGCUGCUGAGGCUGCACGUGCGACCGAGCAGGGUGAGGAAGCUCCAGCAGAGGAGCAAUAG